CAGCAGCCUUUUGCCACGCCCUUCCCAAAAUCCCAAACCCCAUCAACAGAAAAUCAACCGACGAUUACAAUACUUACGAUUUUCAGUUCUUAUACCUUCCAUGACUCGACGUUGACCUCUCCUUAUACCCCCACAAACCAAAAUACUAACGAAAACCCUUCUCCCUAAGCAAAGCUUUUUCUCGUACUGACGGUUUUCAACUUCAUUUGACUAUUAAAGAAAGUGGGCAAGCUCAUCUUCAAUGGCUGUAUUGGAAAACCACGCCCAUAAGACCAUCAAAGUUCUCUAGAGGGGUUGGGCUUCUUCAGCUUCCUCGUCUUCGAUUCUUACUUUCUGGCUUCGGAGACUCAAAAUGAAUGGUUACUUACUGGAUCGUGUCAUGAAGGAUGUACUUCGUGUGGUUGAACCGUUGCAAGAUGAUUGGGCAGCACGAUUUCAAGUCAUCAAUGAGUUGCGGGAUGUUGUGCAAUCUAUUGAAAGUCUUCGAGGUGCAACAAUUGAGCCAUUUGGAUCCUUUGUAUCUAACCUGUUUUCGCGGUGGGGAGACUUGGAUCUCUCUGUUCAAUUGCACAAUGGUUCUUAUAUUUCAACUGCUGGGAAGAAGCAUAAGCAGAGUUUGCUGAAAGAUAUCCAAAAAGCAUUGAGGAAAAAAGGUGGAUGGUACAAGCUACAAUUAAUUCCUCAUGCUAGAGUACCUAUUUUGAAGAUCGAACAUAUUCAGCACAAGAUUUCCUGUGAUAUUUCCAUUGAUAAUCUUGUGGGCCAAAUGAAGUCUAAAAUUUUGUUGUGGCUUAAUGAUAUAGAUGGGCGCUUCCAUGAUAUGGUUUUGCUUGUCAAAGAAUGGGCAAAAGCACAUGACAUCAACAAUUCAAAACAGGGAACUUUCAAUUCAUACUCUCUCAGUUUACUUGUGAUAUUUCAUUUUCAGACAUGCUCACCAGCCAUCUUACCUCCACUUAAAGACAUAUACCCAGGAAAUGUUGCCGAUAAUCUCAAAGGUGUGAGGGCUGAGGUCGAGAGCAAAAUUGCAAGGACAUGUGCUACCAACAUAGCCAGGUUCAAAUCGAGAACCAUCAACAGAAGUUCGUUGUCCGAACUUUUUGUUUCAUUCCUUGUAAAGUUUUCAGAUAUAAGUUCAAAAGCAUCAGAACUGGGAAUUUGUCCAUACACAGGUCAAUGGUUGGAAAUAGAAAGCAAUAUGAGAUGGUUACCAAAAACAUAUGCAAUAUUUGUUGAAGAUCCAUUUGAGCAACCAGAAAAUACAGCCAGGGCUAUUAACGCGAGGCAAUUGGCGAGGAUUUCUGAAGCAUUUUGGAUGACUCAUUUGAGGCUCACCUCAGUUCAUCAGAAUCAAAGUUUAAUCCUAAAUGAUUUAGCCCGACCUCAAAUAUCGCAAUUUAUCAUUAACCCAUCUGGAUCUUCUAGUGCCCCAGCAUUUAAUAUAGGAAAUCACCCCCCAAUUCGUCCACAGGUUCACCAAGCCAGUGUUACGCAGCCCCGUCCAUGGAUUCAACAUCAGUUCCAGAACAAUGUUCCCAGGUUCAAUAUGGGAAACUUCCCCCAUAUCAGUCCACAGGCUCCUCACACUGGAACUACGCAGUCUCGCCCACCUGUUAAACACAAAACACCGAAAACAAAACGUACGGUAAGUAAUCCUAAUGGUUUGAAAGCCGGGGAGCCCUCAAAUCCCUCAAAGAUUUAUAAUGGUCAAGGCCAGCAAAAGUGGAGACCAAGAUCUUAGAGACAGGUGUAUUGUGAACAGAACACUGAACUUCACUGUUUGACUUUUGCUUUUGUACACAUAAUUGGCUAAGAAGGCUGAAUGCUCCCCACUUGACCAUUAUCUGUUACAAUAUCUCUCUCGCUGCAUUGUUUGUGAUCACACAACUGGGGGUUGAGGUCACUCAAACCAUUAUUUUGGGUCAGCAGAUCAUGUUUCUCUGCCGCUACUGUAAUUCUUACUUGAGAGACCAUUGCUUGUGAUAGUCUAUACCAUUUUUCUGUUGAUCUCUCUUCUUCCCCUCCCAUGAUGUUAAAAACUGAGUUUGAGUGAAGGGGGUAUUGUAUUUAUAGCAGCGUGGCAUUUGAAUUCAUGAGUUGAACAACCUCAGUGAAUGGCUUGUCUUUGGUACA